AUGAAUAACGCAGAUUUAAAAAAUUUAAUUGAUGAUUUAGUAUUUAAUCAAAAUUUUCUUAAUUAUUAUGAAUUAAAAUCAUAUCUCCAAAAAUAUGAUGAAAAUAUAACGGGUGAUGAUAUGGAAUAUUAUUAUCCAUAUUAUAAAAAUGAAAUUUUGAAAUAUCAUGAUAAAAUAAUUUCUAAAAUUAAAGACAAAAUUAAAAAUAAUGAAUAUAUAAAGGGAAAAACUAAAUCACAACUUAAACAAUUGAAAGAUUUCAAAAAUAAAGUAUUAACAGAAGAAGAUAUUGAUGAAUUAUAUAAUUUAUAUAAUCCUGAGCCGCAAAAAACAAAGGUGCAAAACGCCCGGGUCAUUCAGACCAUAAAUGAUGCACAAGCUUUAAUUUAUGAUUCAUUAGUUAAACCACAUUCAGCCCGACUUUUAAAUGAAGAUCAACUUUUGGAAUUCAUCCUUCAACAUAAACUCGAAGUGGGAAAGUAUAUCAAACCUUUAUAUACAGCAUAUUUAAAACAAAUGAAUAGAAUACAUCCAGAAUUAAUGAAAGGAGGAAUGAAUUCCAAAACUUCAUCAUCCAAAAUCAAAGCAGAUAAAAUUAAACCACUUGCAACACCAAAACCUCCAACAGUAGUACCUCCUCCUCCUUCAGUUAAUCCUUCAUCAUUCACUUUAUUAUAUCCAUUUCAAACAUUAAAGAAGCAAAAAGAUUUUAAAAAGGAUUUCAAGAUAUUAAAUAAACCAAUUGACCCAAAAAUUCAACCGUUAAAGGAAAAAUUUGGUCGCCCUUCAUUUGCACCAUAUCCAUAUUCAUACGAAAUCGAUCAUUUAGAAUAUUCAAAAGGAAACGUUACUUAUUUAUUCGCCAUUAACAUUAACACUAGAUAUUUAUAUUGCAUUCCGGUGAAAGGGAAAACAGAACAGGAAACAAGAAGAGCUAUACAAUACUUACUAGAUCAUGAAAGAGUAGAUAAUAUAAGGGGUGAUGGUGAUAAAGGAUUUCAGGCAGCUAUGGCUCAUUAUUUCCCACAAAUUAAUUUUUACUUUUCAUCCUCUCCAUAUACGUUUCAUAAUAAAAUAG